CCACUCCGCACCCAGCUCCGGCUCCGCGCCCGCGCUGCCCGGCCAUGCCGCCCCGCCGCGCCCCCGCGCCCCGGUGCCAGCUCCCGCCCGCCGCACCGCUGCUGCCCGCGCCGGCCCUGCUGCUGCUGCUGCUGCUCGGCCCCGGCUGCCUGGCCGGCCCGGUGCCCGCCGCGCCCCUGCCCGCGCCGGGACCGUGCGCCGCGCAGCCCUGCCGGAACGGGGGCGUGUGCACCCCGGCCGCGGCCGGCCAGCCCGGAUACAGCUGCACCUGCCCCGCCGGGGUCUCCGGCGCCAACUGCCAGCUUGUUGCAGAUCCUUGCGCCAGCAACCCUUGUCACCAUGGCGACUGUAGCGGCGGCAGUGAUGGCUACCUCUGCGUUUGCGGUGAAGGCUACGAAGGCACCAACUGUGAACAGGCACUUCCCAGCCUCCCCGCCUCUGGCUGGACUGAGGCCACCGCACCCAGGCAGCUCCAGCCGGUCCCCGCCACCCAGGAGCCUGACGUCAGCCUGCCCCGCUCUCCGGCGACCGCGACCCUGCCAACGUGGCAGCCGAAAACAGGGCAGAAAGUUGUAGAAAUGAAAUGGGAUCAAGUGGAGGUAAUCCCAGAUAUUGCCUGUGGGAAUGCCAGUUCCAACAGCUCUGCAGGUGGCCGCCUGGUGUCCUUUGAUGUGCCACAGAACUCCUCAGUAAAGAUUCGGCAAGAUGCCACUGCUUCCCUGAUUCUGUUAUGGAAGGUCACGGCCAACGGAUUCCAACAGUGCUCCCUCAUCGAUGGACGAAGCGUGACCCUCCUCCAGGCCCCUGGGGGUCUUGUCCUUCUGGAGGAGAUGCUUGCCUUGGGGCACAAUUACUUCAUCGGUUUUGUGAAUGAUUCUGUGACUAAAAGUAUCGUGGCUUUGCGCUUAACGCUGGUGGUGAAGGCCAGCACCUGUGUUCCGGGAGAAAACCAUGCAAAUGACAUGGAAUGUUCCGGAAAAGGAAAAUGCACCACGAAGCCAACAGAGGCAACUUUUUCAUGUAGCUGCGAGGACCAGUACGUGGGUACUUUCUGUGAAGAAUUCGAUGCUUGCCAAAGGAAGCUCUGCCAGAACAACGCGAGCUGUAUUGAUACGAAUGAAAAACAAGAGGGGAGCAACUUCACCUGCGUUUGCCCUGCUGGUUAUACCGGGGAGCUUUGCCAAUCCCAGAUUGAUUACUGUAUCCUGGAUCCAUGCAGAAACGGAGCGACAUGUGUUUCUAAUCUCAGUGGAUUCACCUGCCAGUGUCCAGAAGGAUACUUGGGAUCUACCUGUGAAGAGAAGGUGGACCCCUGCGCCUCGUUUCCUUGUCAGAACAACGGGACGUGCCAUGUGGACGGAGUGCACUUCAGCUGCAGCUGCAGCCCUGGCUUCACAGGGCCAGCCUGCAGCCAGCUGGUUGACUUCUGCGCCCUCAGCCCCUGUGCUCAUGGCACGUGCCGCAGCGUGGGCACCAGCUACAAAUGCCUCUGCGAUCCAGGUUACCACGGCCUCUACUGUGAGGAGGAGUAUAAUGAAUGCCUCUCCGCCCCCUGUCUGAACGCUGCCCCCUGCAGGGACCUUGUGAACGGCUAUGAAUGCCUGUGCCUGCCAGAGUACAAAGGACCACACUGUGAGCUGUACAAGGAUCCCUGCGCAAAUGUCAGUUGUCUGAAUGGAGGCACCUGUGAUGGCGAAGGUCUCAAUGGCACCUGUGUGUGCGCACCAGGGUUUGCAGGUGAAGAGUGUGACAUUGAUAUAAACGAAUGUGACAGUAACCCCUGCCAUCACGCCGGGACCUGCCUGGACCAGCCCAAUGGUUAUACCUGCCAUUGCCCACAUGGCUGGGUUGGAGCCAACUGUGAAAUCCAUCUGCAGUGGAAGUCCGGGCAUAUGGCGGAGAGUCUCACCAACAUGCCCCGUCACUCCCUCUACAUCAUCAUUGGUGCCCUCUGUGUCGCCUUCAUCCUGAUGCUUAUUAUCCUCAUCGUGGGCAUUUGCCGCAUCAGCCGCAUAGAGUACCAGGGCUCUUCCAGGCCGGCCUACGAGGAGUUCUACAACUGCCGCAGCAUAGACAGCGAGUUCAGCAACGCCAUCGCUUCCAUCCGGCAUGCCAGAUUUGGGAAGAAAUCUCGGCCGGCAAUGUACGACGUGACCCCUAUCACCUAUGAAGAUUAUAGCCCUGAUGACAAGCCGUUGGUCACACUGAUUAAGACAAAAGAUUUGUAAUCUUUUGGGGGGAUUAUUUUUCAAAAAGAUGGGAUACUUCAGUCAUUCAAAUAUUUUUAAGAAAAUAAAAAGCUUGAGAAAUUUAAAACGUUAGCCACUCCAGAGUUUUCAGUAGAAUAUUUAAGAACUAAUUUUCUGCAGCUUUUAGUUUGGGGGAAAAAUUAUUUUAAAAAUGGAAUUUGUGAAAUCCGCAGACUACGUUUUCAUGUACUUUCAGCUCUCUGAACCGUAGGCUUCUAGUAAAUAGUAUGUGCUCUUUCCGUGGUAGACACUAUCAUGAAACCCGGGUUAACUUCUGUGGUUGUUAUGGAAUGCAUCUAAUCAAGGAGAAGUUUCUGUUUGACACGUGAGUGCUGGCUUCCUGAGUAGAGUUAGGUAAAACUUGUAGAGUAUGAUGUAUGAUACUGUAUACCCGUUACUUAAAAAGAAGUCUGAAAUGUUCGUUUUUUGUGGAAAAAAAAAAAGAAGCUAGUUAAAUUUCUUAUUCCUAAUCCGAAUGAAAUUAGUCUUUGCCUUAUUCUGUGCAUGGGUAAGUCAUUUUUUUCUGCACCGUUUUGUCGAACCUUGUGGAAACACUCUUUCGAGUUUGUUUUCUCUGUGUCAAUUUUCGUAAUGGUUGUCAGACUAGGCCUUGAAAAAGUACACCGCGAAAGGGCCUAGCUAGGCAAAUUAUGAUCGAGUUGAAUCUAUAUUUUUCUUUAACAAGUCAAGGUUUUUAUAUUGUAACUUAAAUUUGUGUUUGAGUUGUUCUUUGCUAAGAAGUAGUGAAUGUGAGAGAGGACUGGUACCCUCAAUAGUGUGUAUUUCUCACAGUGCUUCUUUAUUUAUAUCCGGGACGUCUCCGUGGCUGUAUUUGAUUGAUACGUGCUUCUUCCCAUUCUUGCUGAUUUCGAAGAAUAUCAAAUAAACGUUAUCAAGUCAAGGA